AUGGAAGCUGCAAAGGUUCUUUCACACUCCAAAACUUCCCCUUUUGGUUUCUCUAUUGUGAGCAACAAAGUGUCUCUGACACCUUUCAACAAACAUUUUCGUGCUGAUGUACUUGCUAAUCGACCCAAGGGCAUCGGUUUUCAAUUGAAUUGUACUUAUGGAAAUUCUUUGCCUAAACCGGCAAGAAAAAAGGCUGAUUUGCUACCUUCUCUCAGAUGCUCAAUUUCGAAUAAUGCCAGCACUGAAUCUCAAAAUCCCGUCCUAGAGUUCUUCAGAAGUCUAUCAUUUGAUUCAAUAAAAGCUACUCUGCUGCAGUUGACUCCAAUUAAUGUUGUGAAGUUGUCUGGGCUAUUAUGCAUCAUAACUGCAGCCACAAAAUGGACUAUGAAUAUGCUUUUCAGUCCCUUCUUUUGGAUGUAUUUUAGCUGGACUUGGUUGUUCUGGCCUUGGUUGGUGGCCAUAGCACUUGCAGUUUAUGGGUUAUAUUGUUUUCGGAAACAUAUGCUUGGUGAGGCAAACAUAUUUGAGCAAUUGGCAAUUGUUACCUCUGUUUUUACAUGGCUCACUCUUGUUCCACCUGGUCAUUUCAAUGGCUACCUUGAAGGCUGGCCUUUCGUUUUCUUUUUUGUGUAUCAUUAUUUCUUUUUCUUCAAUGUUAGCGUUAGAAAGCGGUUAUAUGGAGAUUAUUAUGCUCGGCCUCAUGACCCAAAAUGGGACAUUAAUGCGCCGAUGAUGUCUCGCCUAUUGUUCAGUGCAGGAGUCAUGGUUGGUCAUUGGCUUGCAGCAUUUGAAGGGCCUGAGCUUCAUCUCAUUCCGGGUGGGUGGAGCAAUCUUGGAAUCUGGGCUUUAAUCAUUACAACCUUGCUAAUGCAAUAUAAUGCAACAUUGUAUCUUGCCAAGUAUUCAGAAAAUGUGGUGGAGCCAAGUGCUGUGGUUCAAUUUGGACCUUAUCGUUGGGUCCGUCAUCCGAUAUAUUCAUCAACAAUGCUUUUGUUUGUAACAUACUGUAUUGCGCUUCGAGCACCUCUUAGUCUGCUAUUUAUUGUAGCAGUAUGCUUGUUGUAUUAUAAGCAGAAGGCAGAGAUGGAAGAGGCUUUGAUGGUUGAGACUUUUGGCCAGAGUUACACGGACUAUGCAAGCAAAGUUAAGUUCAAGCUUAUUCCUUUUAUCUAUUAG